CUUCUUCAUACUGCGUUCUCCUGUCUCAAUUAAUGAGAAGCCAUUAUUUGUUUUCUCACUAAUAACUAAUAAAUGCAGCAUAUCGCCUCCGGAAAUCAGGAAGAGGUAGAAAAAUUACUGAGCCACGGUGACAAUGACGAAGAUAUUGCGCAGAAAAUGUGCCAUCCGCUCUGUUCCUGUGACAACUGCGAGAAGCUGGUUUCAGGGUACGUGUGAUCCUUUCUGGCAAUGCCAGCUUAGUGCCCCCUUGAUUUCCCUGUGUCACAAAUUAUAUUAUCACUUCCUCUUCUGAAAUGAGUUCUAAAUGACUGUCUGGAAAAAUACUUUCACUAUUGUUUUAGUCUCUGAUUUUAUAUCCUUUUAGCAUUAUCCUCUGCUUGUAAUCUGGUAUGUCGGUGGAAAGUUGAUCUCAGAAGACAGAUGAUCUGCCUUUUGAGAUUUGUCUUGAGACUGAUAAAAACUAAACUGAUUAUCUGAAAGUCACUGCCCCCCCGACUUGUAUAUAGGCAACAGACUAUAAUAUAGUUCAAUGUAGUAUGGUUUGUUUGGUUUUUUUUGAUUGUGUGUUUAGCACUUCAAUCAUAUUGUGUGUUAAGUUAACAAUGUCAUCUCAUCUCUUUCUUUUCAGCAAGCUAAACGAUUCUUCGGUGGUCACACCAUUUUCCAGAGAUGACAGAGGCUAUACACCACUUCACAUCGCAGCAAUUUGCGGUAAGGACAACUAUAACAGUAACACAAUAUGAAUGACACAACUCAAAACAAUCUUCAGACCACUGUGUCAGCACGAACAUGUCACAUUUGAACAUUUUUAAGUGGCAGGAAGGGUGAGUUCCCAUGUUGAAUGCCAUCAUUAGUUCAUAUAAAACCAAACAGGGGCAUGUCUCUGGAAAUGACCGGAUGGAACUCUGAUAGAAUGAUAAAUAGCUGGGAUGGACGGAUAUGGUGGUUAACCCUAAAAGACUGUUCUUAUCCCAUUUCAUUGUGUUCCUCCUAGGGCAAGCGCACUGUAUUGAUCUACUAAUCUCUAAAGGUGCUGCAGUUAAUGCCACUGAUUACCAUGGGUCAACUCCACUCCAUCUUGCAUGCCAAAAGGGUCAUCAAAAGAUCACAGUAAGUUGAUAUCGGUUCCAAUUUCCUUAAAUAAGAAUAGCUAGAUAUUAUUUAUUUUUCUAUAAAUGAAAUACAGUCCUAAAAUAUAGAGAUUUGAUGAAUGGCCGUAUUAUUAAGAGUAAUUUAUUUUAGUAAGCUCCAUAGGGCCUCGUUUGAUUCUCAUAAAGCUCUCAGCCCCAGUCAAUACACAUGAUGGGUCUAAUACAUCCCAUGUCAGUCUUGCUGGGUAAUGGUACUGUCCAUGGUAUGUUGUCCGAGAAUUAAUCCAGUGUUCUUUGAUUCCCUUUAAGCUGCUUUUGUUACACUAUAAGGCUUGUAGAGACAUACAGGACAAUAAUGGGAAUACUGCACUUCACUUGGCCUGCACAUACGGACAUGAAGAUGUAAGUACCUCCUGAAUGCUGAAUAAUUAAUCGUACAUUUGCCGUUUUAGUCUCUGAUUUUAUUGCUUUUGUAAAGUGCCGUUCGGUGUUGCUUCUCUUUGUAGUGUGUGUUGUUAUUCUAGCAAAUAUUUCAGAACAUAGAAACAGAAGCCAAAAGCUUAGGGGAUUUCUUUAUUUCCUUAGGAAUGUAGACCGUGCAGAUUGUGGAGUUUGACCUUUAACUUGUGUUGUGUUAUUUUUUUUUCCUUAUGUUAUGCUCUGUUUUCUUCAAACAAUCUAACAAAUGACUUUAUGAUCCAAUAAAUUACAUUGAUAUUGGAAGAGUAGGAAAAAAACAUUAUUUCUGUGUCUCUCUCUCCAUAUAUUAUGUUUAUUGACCGCAAAGAAGAGAUCCUGUAACAAUAGCAUUAGCCAGACUCUAUAGCAGGGCUGCACAACAGGUAGAUCCCCAGAUGUUGUAGAACUAUAACUCCCAUGAUGCUUUGUCAUUCUAAAAGCAUUCUAAAGGCAUGCAAAGCAUCAUGGGAGUUGUAGUUCUACAUCAUCUGGGGAUCUACCUGUUGGGAGGCCUGUUCUAUAGAAUGGAAGGUUCUACACAUUUAGCAUUAGCCAGGAUCUAUAGAAUGGAAUGUCCUACAUAUUUAGCGUUAGCUAGGAUUUAUAGAAUGGAAUGUCCUACACAUUUAGUGUUAGCCAGAAUCUAUAGAAUGGAAUGUCCUACUCAUUUGGUGUUAGCCAGGAUCUAUAGAAUGGAAUGUCCUACACCAGGGGUAGGCAACCUUUUAGCAGCACUGUGCCGAUAUAGGAGUGUGAUGUCCCGUAGCGUGCCGAUCCUAUUUUUUUAAAUUGAGGUGUGUAUGUUGCCGUAUUCUGCUUGUGUUAUUUUUACUGUGAUUGCUUUGUAUUGUUGUAUAUGUGCGUAUAGGAGCUAUUAUAUUGUAUAUGUUCAGGAGUAGUUUAUGGUAUCGUGUAUGAUACAUAUGAAUGUGGGCUGUGUAUGGGGGUUGCUUAUGGAAUUGUGUGUGGAUGGAUAUGUCACAUUGUGUGUUUUGGUAGUGUGUGGGGGCUGUUUGGGGUAUUACAUGUGAGAGGCUGCAUGUGAGGUUGUGUGCAUGUAGAGUUGCAAGAAAAAGUAUGUGAACCCUUUGGAAUGAUAUGGAUUUCUGCACAAAUUGGUCAUAAAAUGUGAUCUGAUCAUCAUCUAAGUCACAACAAUAGACAAUCACAGUCUGUUUAAACUAAUAACACACAAAGAAUGAAAUGUUGCCAUGUUUUUAUUGAACACACCAUGUAAACAUUCACAGUGCAGGUGGGAAAAGUAUGUGAACCCCUAGACUAAUGACAUCUCCAAGAGCUAAUUGGAGUGAGAUGUCAGCCAACGGGAGUCCAAUCAAUAAGAUGAGAUUGGAGGUGUUGGUUACUGCUGCCCUGCCCUAUAAAAAACACACACCAGUUCUGGGUUUGCUUUUCACAAGAAGCAUUGCCUGAUUUGAAUGAUGCCUUGCACAAAAGAGCUCUCAGAAGACCUACGAUUAAGAAUUGUUGACUUGCAUAAAGCUGGAAAGGGUUAUAAAAGUAUCUCCAAAAGCCUUGCUGUUAAUCAGUCCACGGUAAGACAAAUUGUCUAUAAAUGGAGAAAGUUCAGCACUGCUGCUACUCUCCCUAGGAGUGGCCGUCCUGUAAAGAUGACUGCAAGAGCACAGCGCAGACUGCUCAAUGAGGUGAAGAAGAAUCCUAGAGUGUCAGCUAAAGACUUACAAAAGUCACUGGCAAAUGCUAACAUCCCUGUUGGCGAAUCUACAAUACGUAAAACACUAAACAAGAAUGGAUUUCAUGGGAGGAUACCACAGAGGAAGCCACUGCUGUCCAACAAAACAUUGCUGCACGUUUACAGUUUGCACAAGCGCACCUGGAUGUUCCACAACAGUACUGGCAAAAUAUUCUGUGGACAGAUGAAACCAAAGUUGAGUUGUUUGGAAGAAACACACAACACUACGUGUGGCGAAAAAAAGGCACAGCACACCAACAUAAAAACCUCAUCCCAACUGUGAAGUAUGGUGGUGGGGGCAUGAUGGUUUGGGGCUGCUUUGCUGCGUCAGGGCCUGGACGGAUUGCUAUCAUCGAAGGAAAAAUGAAUUCCCAAGUUGCAACAGGACAAUGACCCAAAGCAUAGAAGUAAAUCAACAACAGAAUGGCUUAAACAGAAGAAAAUACUCCUUCUGAAGUGGCCCAGUCAGAGUCCUGACCUCAACCCGAUUGAGAUGCUGUGGCAUGACCUCAAGAAAGCGAUUCACACCAGACAUCCCAAGAAUAUUGCUUAACUGAAACAGUUCUGUAAAGAGGAAUGGUUAAGAAUUACUCCUGACCGUUAUGCACGUCUGAUCUGCAGGAAACGUUUGGUUGAAGUUAUUGCUGCCAAAGGAGGUUCAACCAGUUAUUAAAUCCAAGGGUUCACAUACAUUUUCCACCCGCACUUUGAAUGUCUACAUGUUGUGUUCAAUAAAAACAUGGCAACAUUUCAUUCUUUGUGUGUUAUUAGUUUAAGCAGACUGUGAUUGUCUAUUAUUGUGACUUACAUGAUGAUCAGAUCACAUUUUAUGACCAAUUUGUGCAGAAAUCCAUAUCAUUCCAAAGGGUUCACAUACUUUUUCUUGCAACUGUAUGUGGAUUGUUAGCGGGUUACGUUUGUGCGGAUUGUUUGUAUGUUUGUUUGUGGGCUGUUCGUAUUAUUUGUAUGAGGGGAGGGUUAUUCUUCAUUUCUGUGUAUAUCUAGCAGUGUGGGUGGCUUCCCUGGGUUCCCUGGUACAGGUCAAGGACAGGUGCUGCAACAGCAGCUGCAGGCUGCUCUACUACGGAUCCGAGAUCACUUCCUCUACGUGCUGCAAUGCAUAAAUUAAGGAUUGUCCUUCACCAUCUUUUCGUAUUAGCAGAUAUCUGAAGUUUCACUGGGACUCCUGAAAGGCCAGAGCCUGUUUGGCUCUAGCAGCCUUGAGUGCCGUGCAAAGACUCCUUGAGUGCCGUGCAUUGCACUAGUGCCGUAGGUUGCCUACCUCUGUCGUACACAUUUGGUGUUAGCCAGGAUCUAUAGAAUGUAUCAUCCUACUCAUUUAGUGUUAGCAAGGGUCUGUAGCAUGGAAUGUCCUACUCAAUUGGUGUUAGCCAGGAUCUAUAGAAUGGAAUGUCCUACUCAUUUAGUGUUAGCCAGGAUCUAUAGAAUGAAAUGUCCUACUCAUUUAGUGUUAGCCAGGAUCUAUAGAAUGGAAUGUCCUACUCAUUUAGUGUUAGCCAGGAUCUGUAGAAUGGAAUGUCCUACUCAUUUAGUGUUAGCCAGGAUCUAUAGAAUGGAUCAUCCUACUCAUUUAGUGUUAGCCAGGGUCUGUAGCAUGGAAUGUCCUACUUAUUCGGUGUUAGCCAGACUCUAUAGAAUGGAAUGCUCUAUAGGUUUGGUAGAAUGGAGUGUCCUACUCAUUUAAAGUUGGCAGGACAUUAUUGACUUUCCUGUUCAUUUAAGAUUCAUUGGAUGUAAAGAGCUGCUGCUGAUAAUUGGCACAGGUUAUUAGAUCCCCUGAUCUGUGAUGUCAUUGAUUACCACUGAUCCAAAGGUGCCAAUAUAUCUGUUUUAGUACACAUUUUGAAAAGGAAAAGGCAUAUAUUGCAUUUAUAUACACAUUACUGCAGCUUUUAUUGUCUGGGAUAAGUGAUGGGUGUUUGCUCACAGUGGGUCCAAGUGUGUUUUAUUUGUAACCUUUAUUCUUCCAGUGUGUGAAGGCUUUAGUCUAUUACGAUGUACACUCUUGUAGAAUUGACUCUGGUAAUGAAAAAGGAGACACUCCCCUCCACAUAGCUGCUCGUUGGGGCUAUCAAGGGAUUAUCGAUGUGCUCUUACAAAAUGGCUCCAGUACGGACAUACUGAACAGGAGGAAGGAGACGCCCUUACAGUGUGCUUUAAACUCCAAGGUAAUUAGCAGGAUUUUCCCAGGUCACUUGGGUAUUGGAAUAUGAGUUUCAAUGUCCAGAUUGGUGAUAACACAUGCCAAUGAUCCAGACACACCACAUUUUGACAAUGAUCUGCAUAGGUUAUUGUUUCAUUUGGUGUAACUCUAAAUAAAACAAAUCUUGAAACUCGUGUCAGCCAUAAAGGACCAAGUUUGAGACAGUUUUGCUAAAAAUGACUCUUUUCAUCUACAGAAAAGUACAUGACACACCUCACUUAUAUUUUUCUGGCAAAAUUCGCACUAAAUGUAUUGGUUGAAGCUAUGUUUAAAUGAAGUUAUGUUUGUCUCCUCCAAUAUGGCCUCCAUACACGGUUGCAAUUAUCUGCACCUGAUGAGCACAAUAUCCCAAAAUGUUUCUUCUUCUGGAGGGAGGCACCUGUGCCGGCAGCUGUUUGGCAUCCAUGUUUGUGGUUGAUCAAGUGUCGUGGAGCUCAGUAUUAUGGGGUUUGUUAUAGCAAAAUGUAGACAUCAAGAGCCGAUUUAUUCCAAUGGCCAUCAAAGUGUAAGAUCACCUGUCACGUCAAUGCAAAACUUCUUAGGUAAGUCCUACACGAUCAAUUAACCUUGCUGUUUUUAGUCAAAAAGCUAAAUCUUUAAUGAGACAGAGAGAGGUAUUUUUCUAAACCCCUACACACUUAUUAACCCAUAAUAUGGAACACAUUGUCUGGGCAGCAACACUGUAGCAUGUCUGUGAAACACACAAAAUCAAAUACAAACGUACAAAAUUGAGGGGGUUUCACCUUGACGUGGCAGGUGAGCUUACACUUAAAUGGCCAUUGGACUGGUACUAAAAAUCUCCAUUUAUUUAAAUGUGCGUAGGGAUUUGGGAUAGUGCACAAGUACCUUUUUUCUUUGUUUUUUCUUGUAUGUAUUUGGGAUGAUGUGUACUAUAGUCAUUGCUGCUGACCUGGAGUAUUGGGAUGUUUGUAAUUCUUGAUUUUAGCCUCAAUUUUGUGAUUUGGUUUUCAAUUCAAAUCAUUUUUUUGUGAAUAAAGAAACACCAUAACAGUAGGAAUGCAAACACGUGUUCCUGCUGCUCUAGGUUUACCCCAUCUUUUUUGAUGUUCUGUAGGAGCCGCAUUUGAUUGAAAAAUGAUUCUUCCUGACAGCCACUAAAGGUGUGUUAACCCUGCAAGCGUAUCUCCAAAAUGGCAAUGUUUUUUACGUUGCAGGGUUAAAAUGAAAGACCAAUUCUAGUUCACUGAGCAGAAGUGGUCUGCAUUUUUUUAUUGGUCAUUUAAGUUCUAUAGGUCUGCUUUCUGUUUGACUAGCAGAACUUGUAGAACUGUAUAAGUUAACUCUUUAAUGCUUGUUGUUAUGUAUUCCCUUUAACAAUUCCCCCAAGGCCAUCUCAUGACAAUCUGGCAUAUUUUUUGUGUUUUAUCGCUUCUGUUCAUAAUGUGACCGAUCAGAUUAUUCUCAAGAAAAGAGACAUGGUAACAUAGUUUGAAUAUAUUUACCAAAAUUGAUUGAAAUCCAUGUGUGUGAAACACCAAACACAUUCCACAGUAUUCUAAUCGCGUGUUGGUCAGCGCUUAUAGAUAGAAUGGGGCACGUUGG